AUAGGUAAAUGAAUCGGUCUUCUAUGAUUUAACUUUAACCAGGCUUUUACUCGUUGUCUUGAGCUUGAUGGGUCAUUGGAUCUUCCUUUAACUCUGUUGAGUAUUAGAACUGUUUGUUGUCAAGUGGUGAUCUCCCAAACUACUGGAUGGCCUGAAAAGAUGCAAGUCAACUAUGGUUUGCACAGCUGAUGAUCUACUGGGCUGGAAGGAUUUUCCUAAAGGACUCAGGGUUCUUCUACUUGAUGAAGACAGUGACUCAGCUACUGGGAUAAAAUCCAGACUUGAAAAAAUGGACUAUAUUGUUUUCACAUUCUGCAACGAGAAUGAAGCAUUGACAGCAAUUUUAAAUGGAAUUGAGUGCUUCCAUGUUGCCAUAGUUGAGGUACAGGUCAGCACAAGCAAUAGCAAUGGGAGUUUCAGGUUUCUUGAGAGUGCCAAGGACCUACCCACCAUCAUGACAUCAAAUAUCCAUUGCUUAAGUACCAUGAUGAAGUGCAUUGCACUUGGUGCAGCAGAGUUCCUUCAGAAACCACUAUCUGAAGACAAAUUGAAGAACAUUUGGCAGCAUGUGGUUCAUAAGGCCUUCAAUGCAGGGGGAACCGGUGUCUCCAAAUCACUGAAGCCCACCAAAGAUACCAUAAUUUCCAGGCUUCAGCUCCAAGCGGAAACCAUGAACCCAAAGAAUGAAAACUUGUUGGAAGCAGAAGGUGAAGUCCAGCCCCACAAGCAUGAUCAUGACCAGUCAGCAGAUAGUGAUAGGUUCCCAGCACCUUCAACCCCACAAUUAAAACGAGGGGGAAGAUUGUUGGAUGAUGGUGACUGUCAAGACCAACCUAACUGUUCAAUGGAGAAAGAUCCUGGGGAUCAAGAAUCGGAUUUGAAAUCUGUUGACAUUACUUGCAGCAACCUAGCUGAGGAAACUACUAGUAAAGUGGAUCCAGUACCAAUGGCCCAAGUUGCUGGGAUAAAAGAGGAGGAUGACUCACCUGAUGGUUCUCAAAAUGAAAGCAAUAUAUCUUCUCUUCGAAAUGAUGAAGAUAGGGUAGCGGAUUCUAGAGUGAAAAAUGGAAGCCCAAAGAAGAAAUCUAUUCCUCCUUUCUGUGGGCACAGAGUAGACAAGAAGAAGACAAAGGUCGAUUGGACGCCUGAACUGCACAAACAAUUUGUGCAGGCAGUUGAGAAACUGGGGGUCGACCAGGCCAUCCCUUCUCGAAUUCUAGACUUGAUGAAGGUCGAGGGUUUGACAAGACAUAAUGUGGCAAGUCACCUCCAGAAGUAUCGAAUGCAUCGAAGACACAUUGUGCCAAAGGAAGAUGAUUGGAGAUGGCAUCAUUCAACGGAUACCUUGCAGAGAGUUUAUGCACAAAAACCUGUCAUGGCCUUCCCUCCAUACCAUUCUAAUUAUGGUUUGUCUGCCAACCAAAUUUAUCCUGUAUGGGGUCAUCCUCCUAGCAUCCAAAUGCGUGGUGGUCAUCCAGGCUUCCCCUCAUGGCGGCUUCCACAGAGCUGGCCUUGGAAGACUUAUCCUGGGAUGUAUGCUGAUGCAUGGGGAUGCCCUGUGAUGCCCACACCACAAGUUCCAUCAUGCUCCCCCUCUCCACAAUAUCCCCCAGGAUUUCACAGUUCAGACACAGGUCAAGAACUAGGCAAGUUGCAGAGAGUCCUCUUUGAGCUGAAUCCGGCAGAGGAGGAGGUGAUUGACAGGGUGGUGAAAGAGGCAAUAAGCAAACCGUGGCUGCCGCUUCCAUUGGGACUGAAGCCACCCUCCACCGAAAGUGUACUUUCUGAGCUCCACGGGCAAGGCAUCUCCACCAUCCCUCUCAGACCCCACAGCAACCAAAGCCAAAAGGUUUCAUACGUUUCUAUCUUCUCUGAAGAACUUCAGAAGCAGCACAAGAGAGGAAUAUCUCUGCUCUUAUUUAGCAUCUGAUGGUGAUGGUGAUGGUUGGGGCCUACUACUUCUGAGCGCUGGAUUCCUGACGAACUAAUCACUAGA